UUAUCAUAUUUGCUACGCCUCUCUACUCCUCUACGUCGCCUGCAUGCUUCAGAGACAACAAACGUAGCGUACAGGGGGGGGCCAUGACUCUGACCAGGGGCUCUUUCACCUACGCCACUGGAGAAGAGUACCACGGGGAGUGGAAAGAAGGUCGGAGGCAUGGUGUCGGCCAGCUCAAAUUCCAGGAUGGAACAUGUUAUGCCGGACAGUUUGAGGAUGGCCUCUUCCAUGGUGCCGGCGUCCUUCUCUUCACGGACGGGUCUAGGUACGAGGGCGAGUUUGCACACGGGAAGUUUCAAGGCACGGGGGUCUUCAGUCGAUUUGACGGCAUGAAAUUUGAGGGCGAAUUCAAAAGCGGACGCGUCGAGGGAUACGGACUGCUGACAUUCCCGCAUGGAAUUCACGGCGUUCCACGCAAUGAGGGCUUGUUCCAAAACCACAAGCUCCAACGGAGAGAAAAGUGUCCCGGAGUGGUGCAGAGGGCACAGGCGUCAGCCACCAACGCUCGCAGUGUGGCUCUCUGACUCUUUUCUAACCUUAACAACUAUGUCAUUGUUCUUGCUCCUCAAAGGAGUGCCUCAGGGAGGUGUACUCCUCCCCCCUCUUUCAUUCAAGUCACUUCUUUUCAUCCAUACUGUAGAUGAAUUUACAGAACGCACAAAACCACAUAGCACAUCUUUAACAUCACAUUUUCCUCUUCUUGUUGCGCCCAUUCAUGUCUUAGCUAGCUAAUUGUUAGCUAGUUCUCAUCAGUUUGCUAACGGUCACACUAAAAAGAACAUCAAUUCUACUACCACUACUACAAUUUAAGUCAUAAUUGGCAAAAAAAUAAAUAAAUUUGACAAGAAUGAAGCCCUAAUUUUAUAAGAAUUAUUUGUUUGAAUAAAGUCAUAAUAUUGCAAUAAAAACUUGAAUGAUACUAGAAUAAAAUUGUAACUAUUGUACAAUAAAAAACAGUUCAUUCUAUGCAGAUGAAGUAGUCAUUUUAAAACAAACAACAAAGUCAUAAUAUUGCAAAUAAAGCAAAAACGUUUUGAAGUUAAAGUCUGAAUUUUACCCCAAAAAAGCUCUUACAUUUAUGCGAAUUGUAGUUUGUCAUUUUGUAUAAAGUCAGGAUAAUUGUCUAUGAUGAAAAAACGACUUGAUUAAAUAAUAGUAAUAUUACAAAAAAGAACAAAACAUUUUAUAAGGCAAAAAAAAGUCCCUCAUUGUACGUGAAUACAAUCACAACUCAUCCAUUUUCUAUGCCGCUUAUCCUCACUAAGUCACGGGGUAUGCUGGAGCCUAUACCAGCUGACUUCAGACGAGAGGCGAAGUACACCCUGGCCUGGUCGAGGGCCACAUACGUGUAGACACAUUCACACUCAUACGAUCGGAAAAAAUGGAAUUAAAGUUGGAAUAUUGCAAUAAGAAAAUACUUCAUGAAAAAGUGUUAAUUUGACUAAUUCUGUAUAAUUUCAAGAAUACGUUAUAAUUAGGAUUUAUUUUCCUUUCUUUCCGGUGUGUCCCAAAUACUUUUUUUGGCACUACGGUUAAAGAAAGUUAGCCUUUAAUCAUAAUGACUUUCCUGUUUAUUAGUUGAGCCUAACCAUAACUUAUGCUAAAUAUUGUAUAAUAUAAUAGCCCUGCAAUAAAGACUCUGCUUUCGACGAGUUGUUGCUGAGAGACAUAUUACAUUUCAUUGUGACAAAACGUUCAAAUGAAAGCACCGUUUAUUGCAGGUGUUGUUUUAUGUUCCAUAAAAAAUGUUGCAAUAUCUCCUAUAUUGUCCAUAUUCAUUCAUUCAUUCAUUUUCUACUGCUUAUUCUCACGAGGGUCGCAGGGUUUGCCUAUAUGUUGGAGCCUAUCCCAGCUGUCUUUGGGCGAGUGGCGGGGUACACCCUGGACUGGUGGCCAGCCAAUCACAGGGCACAUAUAGACAAACAACCAUUCACACUCACAUUCAUACCUAUGGACAAUUUGGAGUCGCUAAUUAGCCUAGCAUGUUUUUGGAAUAUUGGGAGAAAACCCACACAUGCACGGGGAGAACAUGCAAACUCCACACAGAGAUGGCCGAGGGCGGAAUCGAACUUGGGUCUCCUAAUUGUCCAUAUUGUGUUUCUAUACAUUUUUCACAUUUGCCUUAAAGACGUUUUCCGGUACAAGCUCAUUCCAUUUUCGACAGCGUAUUAUUGUGUGUGUGUGUGUGUGAAACGUUAAUGGAUUUGUGGUGCGUUUGAAGGCUGCCUUCACUUUGACAGACACUGUAUUUCCUCGUGCACGUAAUAGUCGUUAUCUAACUUGAAACUGAUGUAAAUGCCUUGACUUUGGGACCUAAACUGAGGCAGCUAAAAGAUUUUCAGUAUAGUCAGUGUGUGUGAUGUUGUUGUGAGGCGUACAGUGAUUGUAUUGAUUUGGACCUACUGUUUAUCUAAUGGACAUGAUGCCAAGGGCCAACCACAACUAAUGUGAUGGUGCUUGAACAGCUGUUAGGCCUUAUUAAGUGUUUGUGACUUGUUUGUGGUGGCCUGCUUCUAUGACUACAACCAAAGACAAUCCAAGUGGUACAAUAAUGGAAGUAUGAAUCAUAUAAGUCUAAUAGUCCAAACAAAUAAGACAAAUCAACGUGCAGGAAAAUGAGAUUACAUUAGGAGUGGUAUGAGAUUUAAAUGUAAAUAUUUCUGCAGUGUUUUUUUUUUUAAUUUAGGAGAAAAUGCUCACAAUAAGCUCAUAUACAUGUGCUUGCUUUGCCUAUUUCUGUAGCUGAAAUAAAAAAUACCAUUUUAAAUAUUAGGGUAAUUAGAACCAAAAGUGCAGAGCGGUGCAUGUUUCCAAAAGCGUACCAGGAUCAUUUAAUAUUCCUUCUAUGAUGUGCAAUGAGUGCUGUGUUUCUAUAUUGCUAUAGCGCUUAUUUUCCUUUCUAAUCUGCACUAGCCUUCUUUCUGAAAAGAUUCCACUCCAACAAGAUGCAUGCAUGGUGCUUUAAUAAAAAAAAAAAAAACGUGCCUCUUUCAAGAAAUUCAUUCACUUGCCAGGCAAAUAUCAUCGCCAUGGUUACACCUUUUUUAAAUUAUAUAUAAUAAUGUAAUGUUGCUUUUGGGGGGAAAAAAUGGUUUGGUAUGUAUCACAUACAUGUUAAAGGGUUGUUGAAUGAAUAAAAGUCACAUAUUGGA